CCCCCCUUUCCCAGACGGACCGAGCCCUUUUCCUUUCCGAGGACUCGGAGAACAACAAUGGCCGCCCUCACAUGCUGAGUCCUGCAUUCCCGCCGCCGCGUGUUGCUCCCAAUGUCCGUGUCCAUGGCCAAGCGAGAGAGCGGGAGCACCAGCCCGGUGGUGAGGCAGAUCGACAAACAGUUCCUGGUGUGCAGCAUCUGCCUGGAACGCUACCACAACCCCAAGGUGCUGCCCUGCCUGCACACCUUCUGUGAGAGAUGUCUGCAGAACUACAUCCCCCCCGAGUCCCUCACACUGUCCUGUCCGGUGUGCCGCCAGACGUCCAUCCUGCCAGAGAAGGGCGUGGCCGCCCUGCAGAACAACUUCUUCAUCACCAACCUGAUGGAGGUCCUGCAGCGCGACACCGAGUGCAGCCCGCCGGUCUCCCGCAAUGUCUUGGAGUCCGCCAGCCAGCCCCUGUCCUGUCCCAACCACGAGGGCAAGGUGAGUGGCCGCCACGCUGCUGGCCCACACCCUGGAAAGCCUCACCCACUCCCCUACCCGCAGGUGAUGGAGUUCUACUGCGAGUCGUGUGAGACAGCCAUGUGCUUGGAGUGCACGGAGGGCGAGCACAGGGAGCAUGUGACGGUCCCCCUGAGGGAUGUUCUGGAACAACAUAAAUCGGCGCUGAAGGGCCAGCUGGACGCCGUGCGCAACAGACUGCCGCAGCUAACGGCCGCCAUCGAGCUGGUCAACCAGAUCGCCAAACAGCUGACGGACAGGAAGAACGGCGCCGUGACAGAGAUCAACGCCACUUUCGAGGAGCUGGAGAAAGCGCUACAUCAGCGCAAGAACGCUCUGGUCGCCGAAGUGGAGAACAUCUGCAGCGCCAAGCAGAAGGUACUCCAAGGCCAGCUGACGUCGCUGCUGCAGGGCAAAGAGAACAUCCAGAGCAGCUGCGACUUCACCGAGCAGGCCCUGAGUCACGGCAGUGCCACCGAGGUCCUCCUGGUCCAGAAGCAGAUGGGCGAGCGGGUCAGCGCCCUGGCGCGCGACACCUUCCCCGAGCACCCCCACGAGAACGGACACCUGGAGUGCCAGGUUGAGACAGACGGCCUGCGGCGCUCCAUCCAGAACCUGGGCGUCUUGAUCACCACGGGCGCCGUGGGCCACACCAGCGUGGCCACCGGCGAGGGCCUGCGACACGCGCUGGUGGGCCAGCACACCAGCGUCACGGUCACCACCAAAGACAAGGACGGCGAGCUGGUGAAGACGGGCAACGCCACCCUGAGGGCCCAGAUCGUCUCGGCGGAGGGGGCGUGCGCCGACGCCGAGGUGGUGGACAACAAGAACGGCACCUACGAGGUGAGCUACACGGCGCGCUGCGAGGGCGAGUACGCCUUCUCCCUGAUGCUCUACGAGCAGCACGUCCGUGGGAGUCCCUUCCGCCUGCGGGCCGUCAAGCCCUCAGACGUCCUGCAGUCGCCCGACGACGUCAAGAGGCGGGUCAAGUCCCCGAGUGGCGGCGGAGGGCACGUGCGCCAGAAGGCCGUGCGCCGACCCUCCAGCAUGUACAGCACCACCAAGAAGAAGGAAAACCCCAUCGAGGACGAGCUCAUCUACAGAGUGGGAACAAGAGGACGAGACAAAGGAGAGUUCACCAACCUUCAAGGCAUCUCCACCUCCAGCAACGCUCGCAUCGUCGUGGCUGACAGCAACAACCAGUGCAUACAGGUCUUCUCCAACGACGGACAGUUCAAGAUGAGGUUUGGGGUCAGAGGUCGCUCCCCGGGUCAGCUGCAGCGCCCCACAGGGGUGACGGUGGACAUGAACGGCGACAUCAUCGUGGCCGACUAUGACAACAGAUGGAUUAGCAUCUUCUCCUCCGACGGGAAGUUUAAGAAUAAAAUCGGGGCGGGUCGUCUGAUGGGUCCCAAAGGCGUGGCGGUGGACAAGAACGGACACAUCAUCACGGUGGACAACAAGGCUUGUUGUGUCUUCAUCUUCCAGGCCAACGGCAAACUGGUCACCAAGUUUGGAGCCAGAGGGACGUCAGACAGACACUUUGCAGAAAAAAGCGGUGCAAACGUUGCGUUGGAACAAAAGCUCAGUAAAUCUGGACCGGCCUUCAGUCCUCACUUUGUGGCCGUCAACAACAAGAAUGAAAUAGUGGUCACAGACUUCCACAACCAUUCGGUCAAGGUGUACAACGCAGAUGGCGAGUUCCUCUUUAAGUUCGGCUCUCACGGCGAAGGCAACGGACAGUUCAACGCUCCGACGGGCGUGGCUGCGGACUCCAACGGCAACAUCAUCGUGGCCGAUUGGGGCAACAGUCGCAUUCAGGUGUUCGACAGCUCGGGCUCCUUCCUGUCGUACAUCAACACGUCGGCGGACCCCCUGUACGGCCCCCAAGGCUUGGCCCUCACCUCUGACGGUCAUGUGGCUGUGGCCGACUCUGGGAACCACUGUUUCAAGGUGUACCGCUACCUGCAGUAGCAACCACACGCACACACACACACACACACACACACACACACACACACAUUGUUUAGGAUGAGUGGGCCUGGCCAAGAACAUCCACCACAGGCCUGAAACGUCCACCUUGGACGUGUUUCUGGAGCCAUAGUGCAUGCACCUUUUCAUUACAGCAACCGCAGAGGGCCACGCUGGAAAGUACACCACAUUUUGUUUUCAUCUGCGAAAUUUAUGCACGCCGUCUUACAAUUUUACAAAUGGAUUGUCAUAAGAUUAUGAUUUAUUUUGUGAUCGUAGGACUUUUUUUUAUAUAUUUAUAAUUUUUGUUUGGACUCAAUUCUCCUAAAAAUCUCCGACAUUUAUAAUUAUUAUUUUUGCCACAUUAUGACUUUGUCAGAAAAUUAUGUAUUUUAGUAUUUAUUUUCAAAUCAAAUAUAUUUUUAUGUGAUAUAUCUCAUAAUUAAAAUAAUAAAUGUAUUCCCAUAAAAUAACUAUUAUACACAAAUACUACUCCAGUAUUUAUUCCCAGUUACACUUGACAUGUAUUGUCAUGACAUUAUCUGUUUUGUGAUAAUAUGAAUAUUCCCAUUAAAUUUGAAAUAUUAUUAAUAUUUUUGGCAAUAUUUUUCUGUUUUGUUCUCUAUUUUUUUGCCACAUUAUGACUUUGUCACAAAAUUAUUUUUUGUAUUAUUUACUUUCUCACAAUUUCAGUUAUUCUCAUGAAAAUCAAAUAUAUUUUUAUGUAACAUCUCAUAAUUAAGAUAAUCAAUGUAAUCCCAUAAAAUCACUAUUAUACACAAAUACUACUACAUUAUUUAUUCCUUUUAACAAUUUAGAGUUAUUGUCAUGAAAUUAUCUGUUUUGUAAUAUGAAUAUUCCCAUUACAUUUGAAAUGUUAUUACAAUUAAACAAAUUUAAAUUAUUUUUAGUAUAUUUUUCUCUUGUUUCUAUUUUUUGCCACAUUAUGACUAUCAGAAUUUGUAUUUACUUUUUCAUAUUUUCAGUUAUUCUCAUGAAAAUCAAAACGUUACAUAUUUUAUGUAACGUCUUAUAAUAAGAAUAAUGAAUGUAUUCCCAUAAAAUCACUAUUAAAUGACUAAUUAUACAUAAAUACUACUACAGUAUUUAUUCCUGGUAACACUUUACAUUUAUUAUCAUGAAAUUAUCUGUUUUGUGAUAAUACAAGUAUUCCCAUUAAAUUUAAAAUUGUAUUAAUAUUACAUCUUUUUUUUUGCCACAUUAUGACUGUCAGAAAAUGGUUUCUUUUGCUCUCAUUAAGUUAUUUUUUGUUGUAACACCACAUUUAUUCUCUAAUUAAGUAAUAUAAUUCUAUAAUUACAAAAUCAAUUAAUUUUAUUAUUUUUAGAUUUUCAUAUUUUUGUCCAUACUUCAAUGUGUAUACAAAAAUAUUAAUUUAAUUAAUUGUAUUUAAUUAUGGCACAAACAAUUAUACAAUUUAGUCAAAUUAUAAAAAUCAAUUAAUUUCAUUAUUUGCAGAUUUUUCAUAUAUUUUGUUUUUCAAAUGUAUAUGUAUUUAAAAAAAAUAUUAUAAUUAACUUUAAUAUGAUAUUUUAAAAACAUGUAUUAAUUUAUUAACUAUUUAAACAUGACACAAACGAUUACAACAUUUAGUCAAAUGUCUUCACAUGCAGUUUAGUUUUUUUCUAGUAAGAUCACAAAUGAUCAUAAUUCAUAAACUAGUCAUUAAUUCUUAAUUUUGUUAUUUUUAUACAAUUCCAAAUUGUUUUUCUUGUCCUAUUGAACAAUUUGUCCUCACAAAAAGUGAUUCCCUCAUAAUGCGAUAAAUGUAGUUUUGCAAAAUGAUGCCUUUUCAUGUUAUUUUGUGUUUUUUCCAGUGUGGUCCUAAAGUUUUUGGCAGCUUCUGUCAGCGCUCCUUUCUCUCUCACUCCUGCAGCAAAUGAAGGGUUUGCCCCAGAAAGGUGCCUUCAUUUGCUGCAUGUUGUCUACUUACACCAUGAUGUAUGUUGUGUAGAUACACCAUGUUGUAUGUUGUGUACUUACAUCAUGUUGUAUGUUGUGUACAUACACCAUGUUGUAUGUUGUCUACUUACACCAUGUUGUAUAUUGCGUACAUUAACAUAAACCAUGCUGUAUAUUGUUUACAUUAACAUACACCAUGUUGUAUAUAGUGUACAUACACCAUGUUGUAUAUUGUGUACAUUAACGUACACCAUGCUGUAUAUUGUGUACAUUAACAUACACCAUGUUGUACUGUAUGUUGUAUACUUCAACCAUGUUGUAUAUUGUGUACUAUAACAUACACCAUGUUGUAUAUUGUGUACAUUAACAUACACCACGUUGUAUAUUGUGUACAUUAACAUACACCACGUUGUAUGUCGUGUACUUACGCCACGUUGUAUAUUGUGUACAUUCGACGUGUGUUUCAAGGUGUCAACGGCAGCUGUUUGAAGUUCCAAAUGUACCUGGCACAUGCUUGACAUUAGAAUAUUUAUUGCAAAUAAAGCAGCACAAUUAUCUUGUUUUGUUAACAAACUUUUUGUUUUGUAUGAGUAUUGGAGGAGAGUUAAUUUAUUUUAUUUUAUACACUGCUCUGCUUUUACACGUACUUCUUUUAAAUAGAUGUGCUUUUUACUUUUUAUUUUAAUUGAAGCAUCACAAUUUUAUCUUAAAGGGAGAUUUCACUUUUUAAAGCCCAACACAUUUUUGUGCCAUUAUUAAAUAUAAGAUAAAAAGAAAGAAAGAUAUCAAAUCUAAAGUUAAUUAAUUAAUAAAUCAUUAAAAUUGGACUUACUUAUAUAUUUUCAUGGAAAAUUUUAAUUUCAAAUUACAAAAUCAAUAGUAUUAUUUUGGGAUUUUGUUUAAAAAUUAUUACAAAUUUAACAAUAUAAUUAUAACACAUUUAUUUUAACAAAAAGCAAAUAUUAAUUAAAUUAACCUAAUUUAAUUAUGGCACAAUAAAUUAUAAAAUGUAGUCAAAUUACUAAAUAUAUUCAUUUUAUUAUUUUUCAUUUAUAUUGUUUUGUUCAUUUUAAAAAAUCAUGUAUUAAACUAAUUUAACUAUGGCACAAACAAUUAUAAAAUUUAGUCAAAUUACAAAAUCAAUAUUAUUUAAAACAUUUUUGUAUAUGUAUAUUUAGUUUUGUUCAGAUGUAGAUUUAUUUUAAAAAACAUUUAUUAAUUUAAAUAACUUUACUUAAAUGUGGCACAAUUAUAAAAUGUAGUCAAAUUACAAAAUCUAUUCAAUUUAUUUUUACUUUUUUUCACGUUUUUUUCUGAUUUUACUUUAUUAAAAAAAUAUUUCUUAUUUAAUUAACUUUACUUAACUAUGGCACAAACAAUUAUAAAAUUUAGUCAAAUCACAAAAUCAGUUAAUUUUAUUAUUUGUAGUUUUUUUUAUUUAUAUUUUGUUGUGUUCUAAAUUACAUUUAUUAAAAAUUAAAUGUCUUGUAACUAACUAACUAUGAUACAAACAAUUAUAACAUUUAGUCAAAUUACAAAAUCGAUUCAUUAUUUUGAGAUUGUUUUCAUACAUUUUGUUUUGUUUUGAUUACAAUUUUAAUUGUUUUAUUUAUUAAUUAAUUUAAUUCACUUUGAUUAUGGAACAAAGGAUUACAAAAUGUUGUCAAAUUACAAAAUGAAUUUUAUUAUUUUGAUUUUUUUUUCCAUAUACCGUUUUUUUCAAAAUUGAAUGUAUUUAAAAAAAACUUGAUUAACAUUAUUUAACUAUGGCACGAACAAUUAUAAAAUGUAAUCAAAUUACAAAAUAAUUAAUUUGAUCAUUUUUAUAUUUUUUUCAUAUAUUUAGUUUUGUUCAAAAUUAAAUGUAUUUAAAAAACAUUUAAUUUAGUUAACUUUAUUUAACUGUGGCACAAACAAUUAUAAAAUGUAAUCAAAUUACAAAAUCAAUUCAUUUUAUUAUUUUUAGGUUUUUUUUCCACAUAUUUACUUUCAUUCAAACUUAAAUUAAUUUUAAAAAUAAUUUAUUAAUUCAAUUAACUUUAUUUAAUUAUGGCACAAAAACACACGGAGAAAACUCCUAAACAAGUAGAACUAGUCACUGAUGUGCUUGUUAUUAAACUACACAUCUCAGGAAGUAGAAUAGUGAGAAAAUGAACAUUUCAAUUAAAGAAAAAGAAAAGUGAGAAAAUGAACAUUUCAAUUAAAGAUGGCCGCCUGCUGUUCCAUUCUCGCUGCUCUUUCUAAAAUUAGCAGCCAUUUUUUCCUAAGAAACAAGAGAAGCAUAAAUGUCUUUGAGGAAAAGCUUCCCCCGGUGGUCGUUGUGUGCCUACCAUGCACUUGACCUUUGACACCAAGUAGGAAAUAGACCUUUGUUUUGAAAGAAUGCUGAAGGCUUGUUAUUGUCUCCAUGGCAACAUUGUGUGUUUCCUUUCCAAUAAAUCUGCACUGGUAAUAAAAGCACAUGUUUACCUGGACUCUA